AUGGGUGCUGCAACAGAUCUCGGGGCGACUAGGACCGAAGCGAGAGAGGCCGCUCAGAAUUAUCUGAACAAACGCCUCAACAGCAGAUGUCGGAGCGAUCAGGACCAAAGCACAGGAUUCACCGUUCCCACCAUCAACAUUGCCUCAUCAUUCUCUUCUGACGUCAAAGACCGGAAAGCUUGCGCUGCCCAGAUUCGAGAUGCGUGCACUUCCUCUGGGUUCUUCCAAAUUACGGGCCAUGGAAUCUCAGAUCAAGCACGCCAGGGAAUUCUGCAAGCAGCCAAGAGAUUCACCAAGGACUUAUCGCGUGAGAAGAAAGAAGCACUACAUGUGAAGCACAGUGAAUACUUCCGCGGAUGGGAGCCUGCCCAAUACACCAAGGUUAAUCCUGAUGACUGGAGCGCUGAAGACGCUGCACCGGAAACGAAGGAGGGAUUCAACUGGGGCUAUGAGGAAGGUCUAGAUCCUACUGGAGGUGACGGUGCAUACCGGGAGCUAGAUGGUUCGAGUAAGAAUGGCAAUGUCUGGCCUACCGAGGACGACCUCCCAGGCUUCUACGCAGCUGUCGCAGCUUACUACGGCGAAGUGCUGCAGCUUGCUCGGCAUUUGUUCCGCUUGUUUGCCUUGUCCCUUGAUCUGCCCGAAACCUACUUUGACUCCAUGACCACACAUCCAGGAGGAAUAGCGAGAUUGCUUUACUAUCCCCCGCCGAAGGACCCGCAAUUGCUUGACCCUUCCCAUAAAGACAAGGAGAUCGGACUAGGCGCUCACACAGACUAUGAAUGCUUCACCAUCCUCCUGAGUUCCACCACUCCUGGUUUGGAGAUCCUGUCUCCAGAAAAUGUUUGGGUGCCGGCUCCUGCUGUUGAGGGCAGCUUGACCAUCAAUGUGGCAGAUUUUCUGAUGAGGUGGACGAAUGGUGUCUAUCGUUCCACGGUGCACAGGGUGGUAAAUCGAACGAGAGAGGAGCGUUACAGCGUUCCUUUCUUCUUCUCCAUCAACUACGAGGAGGAGGUCGAGACGCUACCGAGCUGCUGUUCCCCCGAGCUUCCAUCGCAAUACCCGCCGAUCAGCGCGGGCGAGUACAUUCUGGCGCGUCUCAAGGCUACCGCCAAAGAUGAAUGA